AUGUUACUCCUCUUCCUCUACAACAAAGACGUCUUUGCGAGGGACAAGGAUGUUACCCCUGUCUUUGAGGGAAAUCCUGGGCCUUAUCACGUUGCUUAUCCGAGGAACUAUAAAUUCAUUCAAGAUCAAUCUCGGAUCUGCUAUGACCACAAUCCAUUCCUGGUAGUGAUAGUCCCAGUGGCCCCACAUAACCAGGAGGCUCGAGAUACCAUCAGAAAAACCUGGGGAAAUGAUAGUCUGGUUCAGGAGAAGAAAUUUUUGGUGCUUUUCUUGCUGGGCCUCCCAUCUGGAGCCAAUACUGAGAAGAUGCAGGAAAUGCUUAGUUUGGAAAACCAGAGGCACCAGGACCUGAUUCAGGCCAACUUCACCGACUCCUACAGGAACCUGACUAUCAAAACCAUGAUGAUGCUAGAGUGGUUGGCGUCCUACUGCGAUCAGGCCCUCUACGCCGUUAAGGUCGAUUCUGACAUUCUCCUGAAUUUAAGGAACCUGGUCAAAAUACUGCCGAAGGUGCCGAAGGACUACAUGACUGGGUUGGUAUGGUGGCACAGCGUGGUCCUACGAGAUCCCUCAAAUAAGUUUUACCUGCCCUAUGAUGUUUACCAAAAGCCUGAGUAUCCUCCUUAUCCACUAGGCAUGUGCUAUGUCAUCUCCUUAGACCUACCAGCAAAACUUUUAAAGGCAUCAAGACAAAUUAAACCAAUUUACAUAGAGGACGCUUAUUUAGGCAUGUGUCUUGAAAAAUUGGGUGUUAAACCCACAAACUCGCCAAAUCCGACGGAUUUUGUGGUUGUUCCACCUGACAAUUACGAUAGAUGUUUCUAUGCUUCUACCAUAGCCAUAAUGACAAAGAGUUCUGCAGAGCUUACAAAGUUUUGGACGGACCUUAACAGGUUUGGCUAUAUGUGCUGA